AAACGGAGUCAUUUCGUAUUUUGCAUUUCGGUUAAGCGAACGCGGGACGAGUUGGCUGGUCGCGCUGAUAUAAAGCACGCGAUUUAUCGUAGUUCAGUACAUAAAUAUUGCUAACGUAGUUUGAAGCCAGUCAUUGUGUCUAUUCUUAACGCAUAGCGACGUGAUAUUCCACUGCCAAACGUGCUUGGUGACGCUCUUCUCCGAUUCGCGAAUAGUUUUUAGUACUAGUUGGAUAAUAAUCCCUAAUCCCACGAAAAAUGCCUACUUGGACGCAAAUUCAAUCACAGCUUCGCAAUCCCAGCAAUCCGGUGGUGUUCAUGGAUAUUACCGUCGGUACAGCGCAUUGUAUUGCUAUCGACAGGAAAUUGGCCGCAUGGUGUUUGAAUUGUAUGCGGAUGCUGUGCCGAAAACGUGCGAAAACUUCCGACAGUUCUGUACGGGCGAGUACAAAAAGGAUGGGGUUCCGAUAGGAUACAAGGGUUCCAGCUUCCAUCGCGUUAUUAAGGACUUUAUGAUACAAGGAGGCGAUUUUGUUAAUGGCGAUGGAACGGGUGUCAUGAGCAUCUACGGUAGUGCUACCUUUCCCGACGAACAUUUUUUGCUGAAGCACGACGCACCCGGUUUGCUCUCAAUGGCAAAUAGCGGGAAGGACACAAAUGGGUGCCAGUUUUUCAUCACUUGUUCAAAGUGUAACUUCCUUGACUAUAAACACGUCGUGUUUGGGCGCGUCCUGGAUGGGCUGUUAAUUAUGCGAAAGAUCGAAAACGUGCCGACGGGACCGAACAAUAAGCCCAAGCUACCCGUAGUCAUAUCUCAGUGCGGCCAGCUGUAGCAACAUUCCAGCGGACAGUGGUGCUGUAUAAAAGUGUAAUAAACCCAACGAAGCGCCUGCCUAGAAUCUUUGGUCUUAAAAAAAGCAAGUACCGUUUUCUUGUAUGGAUUAUAAAAAACCCGUGAUGAUUAUGAAUAUGAACUUGGUUCGCAUUCCCGGACUAUGC